AGAAAGAAUUUCGGGUGUGCGCAUGCGCGGUGCUCCCGUCCUGGCUGUGAAUGUUUUCUUUUAUUGCAGGUCCGUGCUGGGGACCCUUGCGCAGUGAGAGGAGUUGAGAGGAGGCGCGGAGGCGGACAGCCGAUCACCUGUAUUGUAAACUGCGAUGUCAGGAACCAAGAGCAGAGCAAAGAAAAAAACAAACUUGUUUGAAAAUUCACCUGACAACCUCCCUGUUCGGUCGUCUGGCAGACAGGUGAAGAAGAAAGCCAGUGACGUACUAGAGGAAGACGACGACUUCUCUGAAAAGAAAUAUAGGAAGUGUGAGAAGGCCGGAUGCACAGCAGCGUGUCCUGUUUGUUUCGCCAGUGCAGCUGAAAGAUGUGCUAAAAACGGCUAUACGUCUCGAUGGUAUCAUCUCUCCUGUGGUGAGCAUUUUUGCAAUGAAUGCUUUGAUCACUAUUACAGAAGUCACAAAGAUGGUUAUGACAUCUAUGCAUCUUGGAAGCGUAUUUGGACAAGCAAUGGGAAAAGUGAGCCUAGCCCCAAAGCCUUCAUGGCAGAUCAGCAGUUGCCAUAUUGGGUGCAGUGCACAAAACCGGAAUGCGGGAAAUGGCGCCAGCUGACAAAGGAGAUCCAGUUAACAACGCAAAUGGCAAAAAUGUACAGAUGUGGCAUGAAACUGAAUAAUUCUGUCAAGAUGGAAGGUACUGAUCAGUGCUCAAUGCCAGAAGAUUUGAGAGUGUCCGAGGUGUCUACCCAGUCUUGGUACUCCAUGCUAAUUCUCCCGCCGCUGCUGAAGGACAGUCCUGCGGCUGCCAUGUUGGCUGCCUACUACCCAGACUGUGUGGGCAUGAGUCCAUCAUGUACUACCACUAAUCGCCUGCAUGGAGAAAGCCUCUCUGGCAAGCUUGACCAGUAUAGGGGUGUUCCUGUAUCUAAUUCAGCUGGAGUUAAUCCAUACUUCCAGCCUUUCUACCAGCCCAACGAGUGUGGGAAAGCACUGUGUGUCCGACCUGACGUGAUGGAAUUGGAUGAACUCUAUGAGUUUCCAGAGUAUUCUCGGGACCCCACUAUGUAUUUGGCUAUGAGAAAUCUCAUACUAGCUCUGUGGCACAUAAACUGCAAGGAAGUGCUCACGGCUCAAACGUGUGCUUAUCAUAUAAUGGUUCGGGGGUUGGUUCGCAUACGAUGUGUUCAAGAGAUGGAAAGGAUUCUCUAUUUUGUGACUAGGAAAGGACUGGUCAAUACUGGAGUUUUGAGAGUCUCCCCAGACCAGUACUUACUUCCCAUGGAGUACCACAAUAAAUCUGUAAUUGUUAUUGGGGCUGGACCAGCGGGACUGGCAGCCGCACGACAGCUGCACAACUUUGGUAUCAAGGUUAUGGUCCUAGAAGCCAGAGACAGGAUUGGGGGACGCGUUUGUGAUGACAAAUCCUUUAAAGGGGUCACAGUAGGAAAAGGAGCCCAAAUUGUGAAUGGCUGCAUCAACAAUCCCAUUUCAAUAAUGUGUGAGCAAAUUGGGCUCAAAAUGCGUACACUUGGAGAAAAGUGUGAUCUGGUUCAAGAAGGCGGAAGGCUGACUGAUCCAACCAUAGACAAGCGCAUGGAUUUCCACUUCAAUGCAAUAUUGGAUGUUGUUGCAGAAUGGAGGAAAGAUAAAACACAGAAUCAAGAUGCUCCACUUGGAGAUAAAAUACAGGAAAUCUAUAAGGCCUUUAUACAGGAAUCUGGAAUCCAGUUCACAGAGGUGGAGGAAAAAGUUUUACAAUUCCACCUUAGUAACCUAGAGUAUGCCUGUGGAAGUAACCUAGACAAGGUUUCUGCUCGUUCAUGGGACCACAAUGAAUUUUUCGCUCAGUUUGCUGGAGACCACACAAUGUUGACUGAUGGAUACUCCACAAUUAUGGAGAAUUUGGCUGAAGGACUUGAUAUUUGUCUUAAGUCACCUGUCAUAAGUGUUGAUUAUACGAAUCAAGAUAUUCAAGUUACAGUAGCAGAUGGAAAAACCUUUAGUGCACAAAAGGUUUUGGUUACCAUACCUCUGGCACUUCUUCAGAAAAGUGUCAUUCAGUUUAACCCUCCGCUACCUGAGAAAAAAGUGAAAGCCAUUAACAGCCUUGGUGCUGGCGUCAUUGAAAAGGUUGCUUUGCAGUUUCCCUAUAGGUUUUGGGACAGCAAAAUUCAAGGAGCUGAUUUUUUUGGUCAUAUUCCUCCUGAUUCCAGUAAACGUGGAUUAUUUGGGGUUUUCUACGAUAUGGAUCCACAGGGUAAACAUGCUGUCUUGAUGUCUGUAGUUACUGGGGACGCAGUGACUGCAAUCAAAGAUUUGGAGGAUAAGCAAGUGGUGAAGCAGUGUAUGGUGGUACUUCGGGAAUUGUUCAAGGAGCAGGACGUACCAUCGCCAGUGAAAUAUUUUGUUACUCGGUGGGCCAAAGAUUCUUGGGCACAGAUGGCAUAUAGUUUUGUGAAGACAGGUGGAAGCGGGGAAGCCUAUGACAUACUAGCUGAGGAUAUCCAGGGGAAAAUAUUUUUUGCUGGCGAGGCCACAAAUCGCCAUUUUCCACAAACCGUAACAGGCGCCUACUUGAGUGGAGUGCGAGAAGCAAGCAAAAUCACCACAUUUUGAACUGGAACCCUUUUCACCAUUUCAUACUUUUAUAUUUUCAGGGAAAUAAAAAAUAAAAAAAAAAUAUUGGAAUUAUGCUCUGUCAGGGUUUUUUACUACAUAUAAUGGUUAU